AGUGUGUGAGAAGCCAUCGCCCCCAGCUAGGAUCCUAAAUCUGGUGUACAGUGCAUUGUGCGUGGGGCUGGGAGUCAUUAGAACGCCAGGAUCAUUUUCCAGGGAAGCACAGCAGAGGAUUAUUGAAGCCAGAUUUGGGGGACUGAGCUGCUGUGUUGCAAUGAAGUGGACCCUGGUGAAGCAGAACGAGGGGACAAGAGAUACUCUCUGAGCUAACCACCCUCUACAGGGCACAUGCAGCCUGGAUUUACCACCUGGAGGGGCAGAAUGAGGGAUACCUGACACAGGUAUAUUCCUGAGUGUUAAAAACCCAAGGGCUACAAGAGGAUAAGAAACGUCCCCUCUUGACAAGAGUUGAGGUUUGAUUUGGGCAUUUAGUUGCCAGAACGUAUGUAGAAGAGCCAUGUUUCCACCGUUACUCCCGGCCCUGUCUUUCGUAUCUCAGUGGGGAACCCUAUGAGACCACCCCAAACUUCCAUUGCCCAUGCCGGGCUCCGGAGGAUGGGGAGCGGGGGCUCCACGAGUGGCACAUCCAAUUUAUUGGUCACAGUCUGUACAAAUCACAAGGGUGGCAUUAACUGGCUGAGCUUGAGUCCAGAUGGGCACCAUCUGCUGACAGCAAGUGAGGACUGCAAUGCUGGUCUUUGGAGAACAUCGGACAACCAGUGUAUCCGGAUGCUGCAAGGCCAUGGGAGCUACAUUACAUACUGUCAUCUGGAGAAUGAGACUGCGUUUACCUGCAGCGCUGAUCACACCGUCAGGAAAUGGGAGGUCGCUACCGGUCUGUGUCUGGCUGUGUACACAGGACAUACAUCAAUCGUUAACAGAAUUCUCGUUGUCAAAGACUAUCUAUUUAGUGCAUCUUACGACAGGACUGCUCGGUGCUGGGAUAUAGAGACAGCCAGACAGUUGCAGGUCUUUCAGGGUCACCGAAACUGCAUUCUGGCCUUGGCACACUUUUCAUCGAAUGACCUCUUGGACGAAUCCGACAUAGAAGCCAAUGACGUGAAAGAAUUCAUUGUUACCGGGAGUACGGAUUGCACAGUUAAAGUCUGGGAGGCAUCCAGCGGGUGUUGCUAUCAGACUUUACGUGGACAUUCUGGGGCCAUACUGUGUAUUGUUCUCGAUGCCCCAAACAGUGAGCUAUUCUCUGGUAGCACCGACCACACCAUCCGGAGGUGGAAUAUGGCAACUGGAGACCAACUUAAAUUAUAUCGAGGACACCAAGGGUCUGUUAUCUGCCUAGAGAUGGUGGGACGCCACAUGUAUUCGGGCAGUGCGGACCGGACAGUGAAAUGCUGGUUAGCAGAUAGCGGGCAAUGUAUAAGGACUUACAAAACUCACAAACACAAUGUCAGCACCUUGAAAUAUCAUUCUGGAUUCUUGUUUACAGGAAGCGGCGAUUCCUGCGCCCGAGCUUUUAAUACGAAGGCUGGAAUCUUUCAUCAUGUUUUUGAGGGACACACGUUCAUCGUUAACUCUCUCCAGAUCCACAACAACUUCCUGUAUACUGCAUCGCAUGACGGGACACUGAGAGUCUGGGAUAUUAGUGGUUUCUAUGAAUACAGCAAGCAUCAGAAAAAAAGGUCCUUACGCAGCACCAAUUCCCAGAAAGGAAGCCUGUCCCACAUUUUUAAUAACAAAGUUGGCUGCGCAACGGACGUGAAUGUAGAAUAUGACCCAGCCGAUAUGGUGUGAUGUCACGAAGAGCCUUCCACCGGCAUCAAAGUCUGGAGAACAACUCAUUUUUAGUUUAGAGGUGUCCCACCAUGGCAAAGAGUAUUGGCACAGAUUACAUUUGUCUUGAUCACUCUUGCUCUUUCACACUCAUGGUGUAUUGAAAUGGUGAAUUCUAUGGAAACUUGUAUAAAUCCACAAAUAUCGCAAUGCGGGAUCACCACUCGUGCAACAUUUAUUUAUGGUGGAAAACAAUGAGUAAACCUGGCUUGAUACAAGUGUUGGUCUGACAUGACAAGGUGUGAUCGCCUUUCCAUAAUGCCUCUAUUUUAUUUAUCGACCAGUUAGUCUCCCUACGGACCAGACUUGAGAACUUCACUUUUACUAGAGGAUACAAAACCAACAAUGACUCUAACCAUUUCACAGGAUGCAGUGAAUGGACUUGUUUAGUUCUACAAACCGUUAAGGACAUUGCAGAACAGGAUUGAAAUGUCGGCUGAAUAUGUCGUAGUAGAACUGUAUUUAUGUUUUUAUUUUGACCGUCGUGGUUUGUACAGCCAUUUCAUGGACAAUCAGUAAAUUGUUCACAUCAAGAAAUAAAUAUUUCUUAAUCUUUUGAAAAAGGGCACAAAAUCUCUUAUCAGAAACCCACACGAGAAAUUGACAAACACGGUAUAGUUA